AUGGUCUCCUUCACAGAAAUCAAGGCAUCUAACGGGCUGAUCAACGAUGCCACGGCCCCGCGCGUCGCCGUCUUCGUCGGCGGAACAUCAGGCAUCGGACAACUCACGGUCAAGGCCCUAGUCGCCACGGGAUCCAGCGUGAGAAUCUACCUGGUCGGGCGCAAGAGCUCUGAAGAGCGCGCGAGCGCCUUCGUCCAGGAGCUGCAUGCCACCAAUCCCAGGGCCCAAGUCAUCUGGACCGAAGGCGAGAUUUCGCUCCUCGCGGAGACAAAGAGAGUAUGCGAGGUCAUCAAGCACAAGGAGCCACAUGUCGACCUACUCUUUCUUACCGCGGGCUACGCGCCAAUCGGCCCGCGGAGUGAGACUGCCGAGGGUUUGGAGGUCGCCCAAAGCCUUGAGUACUAUUCGAGGGUCCUCUUCAUCCAGCACCUUCUUCCACUUCUUCGUGAGGCGGAGGCCCCCAGGGUCGUCAGCGUCCUGGCGGGCGGGUUGGAGAGGGCAUCUGUUGACAUCGACGACAUAGAUCUGAAAAGACCGGGGAACUUCAACGGCAUAAAGGCCCAGAUGCAGUACACGGUAUUGAACACAAUGGCUUUGGAAAGGCUGGCCACCGAGAAUCCCAACGUGACGUUCAUCCAUUCCUGGCCCGGUUGGGUCAACACGGGGAAUGUAAGGAGGGGCCGGGACCCGAACUCGAUCCUGGCCUGGAUCAUCUGGAUUUUCCUUGAGCCCCUCAUUGCCAUGUUCUCGUUCAACGACGAGGAGUCCGCACAGAGGCAUCUGUUUCAGAGCACCAGCGCUGCUUUUGGUGGUCGUGGCGUGCCGUGGAAGGGCAAGACAGGCGUGAAUUCGCUGGACAAGCAGGAGAAUGGGUUGUUUCUCGUCAAUUAUAAGUGCGACUGUACCCCGAAUGCAAAGGUAAUGCCUCUGCUACGAGACAAGGCCGGCCCCAAGAUCUGGGACCAUGCCCAGGAAGUUCUUGGACCGUAUUUAUGA